AUGGGUUCGGCGGCAACAAUGGCGAUGACGGCACUCUAUUUCACCAAAUCAACCAAACUCACUUCUUCCUUCCGCACUCUCCCUCGCCUCACCUGCUCUUCCCUCCCCUCUUCUCCUCUCAAAUUCAACAUCUCCUUCUCUCCCUCCAACCCUAAACCUAAACCCGACCCUAAACUCGAUAACCCGAACCAUUUCCCCGACGACGGUGACACCAUCCCUUGGAAUGUUCGAGGCGAAGAUGCAAACUUCAAACUCUCGUCUGAAUCUCCUCCAACCUUUCUCAAAGCCAUGGCCAAUGCCUCAACAGGUACCAAAAAAUCAGAGAAGAACCAAACUGUGAAAGCCAAGAAGAAAAAUGAAAAGGAAACUAAGGUCCGUGAGGUGGCGCCGCCGCAGUAUUCCAAAGCGGCAAGGAGAUUCUACAAUGAAAAAUUUAAGGACUCCGGUACGCGUCUCAGCAAGGUUCUCGCUGCUUCUGGAGUUGCGUCCAGAAGAAGCUGUGAAGAGCUUAUUUUUGAAGGCAAGGUUACAGUUAACGGUUCCGUCUGUAAUACACCUCAGACUAAAGUGGAUCCCUCAAAGGAUAUUAUCUAUGUCAAUGGGAGCCGCCUUCCUAAGAGGCAGCCUCACAAAGUUUAUCUUGCCUUGAACAAGCCAAAAGGGUACAUAUGCUCAUCUGGGGAAAAGGAAUCUAAAUCUGUUAUUAGUCUAUUUGAUGAUUUUUUGAGCACUUGGGAUAAGAAGCAUUCAGGAGUACCCCCACCACGACUAUUUACUGUAGGGCGCCUUGAUGUUGCUACUACUGGGUUACUUAUUGUGACUAAUGAUGGAGAUUUUGCUCAAAAACUUUCACAUCCGUCAUCUAAUUUUUCAAAAGAAUACAUUGCAACAGUUAAUGGUCUAGUUCAUAAGAGGCAUUUAACGGCCAUAAGUGAGGGAACAACAAUUGAGGGUGUCCGUUGUGUACCCGAUAGUGUGGAGUUACUUCCACGUAUGCCAGAUACGCAAAGAUCUCGACUUCGUAUUGUGGUUCAUGAUGGAAGGAAGCAUGAAGUUCGCGAACUUGUUAAAAAUGCUGGACUUGAGAUUAAUUCAUUAAAGCGAAUUCGCAUAGCUGGUUUUAGACUUCCACCAGACCUUGGGCUAGGGAAGUACAUUGAGCUAAAACCUACGAAUUUGAAAGCAUUGGGAGGAAAUGCUACGAAUCUGAAAGCAUUGGGAGGAAAACCUACGAAUUUGAAAGCAUUGGGAGGAAAAGCUACGAAUCUUAAAGCAUUGGGAGGAAAACCUACGAAUUUGAAAGCAUUGGGAGGAAAAGCUACGAAUCUGAAAGCAUUGGGAGGAAAAGUUAACAAAGUUAACUCAUAA